AUGCCCUGGUCCGCAUACUUGGUAGGAUCGCGAAUUCGAUCGUGGCUCCGGGACUACGACAGGAUCCAGGGUGUAGCUGUCGUCCUCAUUUACGCUCAAGUACGCGAAAUAUUUUUUCUUCUCCGUGCUUGGUAGAACCUAGGGUUGCUCUCCGGCAUCUGCAUUUUCUCUCCCGCACACUUAGGAAUUCCAACGAGUUUUUGUAGUCGUUCCUCGGGGGAUCCCUUAGCGCCUGCGAUAUCAGGCAUUGCUUGCCGGUGAGGGUUUGCGUUCGAUCCGAUCUUUACUGUUUGUCCCGUGAUUUUCUUUCUUCGGUGCUUCUUGUUCCUAUGCCUAGCUCGCGAUCAUGUCCUAGUUGAUCAACCUCAGGUGCCCCUAUUUCAUGUUUAGAUUCUCCAAUGUUAGAACAGAAGCCAUUUCAAAGUAAGAUGUGAACUAUUCCCGUUCCAAGAUCAGUAGGAUUCUAAUCUGAUUGUGAAUGCAUAUGUUCUGGUCACAUUAUUGUGGCGUGAACUAAAUUCGGUUUCAUUUUGUCAAUAGAUUGUUUGCUCACUGGUCGGUUCGCUUGGAGCGCUGUACAAUGGAGUGCUGCUGGUUAAUCUGGCGGUGGCACUUUUUGCAUUAGUCGCAAUCGAGAACAACAGUCAGAGCCUUGGACGGACCUACGCUGCACUUCUCGCACUGGGAAUUUUGCUUGACAUCAUGUGGCUCAUUCUUUUCUCUCAUGAAAUAUGGUACAAUAUUCAUAACUAUGCGAGUUGUCUUUGAUCAUUUCACUUUAUUUAUGGUAAUGAUUGAUGCCUUUAUUCAUUCUUAUGAAUCUUCAAUAAGAUGGUCUUUCAAGUUUAGAAGUCUUCUUGAUGCUCACACAAUGUUCUCCAAUGUAAAUUGAAGUGUGCACUGAACUAAUUUUUGCCAAUCAACUGUUACGGACGGCAGGUAUGAUGUGAUUGGAAACUCAUCCCUGUGGUUUCUCAGAUAAUGUUUCUUUCACGUGGAAUGGUCAGGCUUUUUGACCGACUGAGAAUUCGAUGGAACCCUUAAUUACCAUUUAAGACCCAUGAAUUUUGACACAUUUGUUGCUUCCGCUUGAUCUUGUGUGAUCCUAAUAUUCAUGUGGAACGGAUUGAAAAAACUGUGUUUGGUACUUGACAUUCUAGUUUACAGCCGUGUUCCUGGAAAAGCAACGAACUGUUGCCCUUAAUAUUAGGAUUCCCCAGCCUCCGUUUUGGGUAUUUUAACAUAGAUAAUAUCUCUUCCGUUGGUUCACUUGUGUUUCUCUUGACAAUAGUAUUUAAACAUAACUAGGAAUUACCAUCCCUCUUGUGAGAAAAUACACAAUAUGUGUCCUUUUUAUGGAUCAGAAAAUGAAAAAGAUGAAACAAGAUCUUUAUCUCUUUUCGGAAGAGAAGCCGUGGAAUGUGAUCAACUCUCAGAGAACGAGUGGAAAGGUCAAGGAUACUUGGAAAACCACGGAGAAGAUUGCAACUGGACUUGGAUAGCCGUGGGCGGGAUUUACAUAAAAUAAAUUAUUUCUCAAGGAUUUUGGAACAUGACACUGAGUGGAAUCGUGUAUCUUGCAUCUCUGACUUUGGCUUUGAUUUACGUAUAUAGAUCACGUUUUUGUUGCUUUCUUGUGAGGAAUUAUAUCUGACCCAUUAUCUAGUAAUGGCACCAGCUUCAAGGUUUGAUUCUUAAUCUAACUCAUUCUUUUUCUUUAAGUGCGGUUUUAUGAAACUAUGACAUUGUGCUUUCCGUGCGUGAUAUCAGGGAGUCUCAACCAAAUUAUUUGCCAACUAUGUGGAGUCAUCAAGGAUUUUCUACUUUUCAUUAUUUUACUUUCAAGUUAUUCGGACUUGCAAUUACAUUCUGAUCUAUAAUGAUUGGUGAAGAUCAUUGACCUUUUGUCACUGCCAGACCCCUCUCAGUUCCCAUUCGAUAUUCACACCAAAUAACCUUGAUAUGAACCUAUUAGUGCCAUUGUAAGUAGAUUGAUAGGAUUCCUCACAACUGCCAAAAUCAUGCAAGGAUUCAUUUCUUCCCUUUUAAGUUGUCUUAUCGUAAUGUUGCCACAAGUGCAGAAUAAGAAUUAAGCAUUUGGGGUUAGAGAGAGAUGAGCAUUGUGCAAUUUAAUUUAAACGACGCAAUGGAUUUGCCUUCAAUUGCUGUCUAUUUAAAAACCACUUAAGAUGCUAUGGAUCCCUCAUUCCAUACACAUUGAUCUGACUCUCACCCACUACUCAGGCUCUUUUUCAGGAUUGAUCAACUUGUCAUUGGGAAAAAGCAUCUAAUUUGGGAGAAAAGGGGGUCAUCUCCCAUGCCUCAUCCUGAUGCACGAUCAUGUGCUGUCUGUUUCCAUAAGCUUGUAGUGGUGGUUGGGGAACAGUGCUAUAAUCGCGACUCCCAUUGCAUGACGGUAAAUGAAUUCAUAGCAUCUCAAAAAUGUCCAAUGGGUCCAAUAACCUCGUGUUCUGUCUUAUUACUUUAUGAUUUCCGCCUCUCCUUAAAUUUUAGCUUGAGGUCAAUCGGCAGAAAGACUCGAUUUGUAUUUCUAAUGCUUUUGCUUGCAUGAACUUGACUUAUUAUUGUAUCUCCAAAAUUUUACGUAAGAAAAAACUUCCUGGUCUCCCGGAUUCUACCCUCCAUUUCUUUCAAGCUUGUGUAGUUCACUUUCUCUCAGUUUCCCGUCCUACUCUCACGUUCCAUCUUCCUCUACAACGUUUCUUUCUUAAGUGAAUAAAUCGUUAUCAUAAUUUUAUUGCUUGUCUUUCAGGAACAUGCCUUCUAAGGAGUACAGUGCAUCAUUUCUCUUUUCAGUGAGGCUUACUCUCUGCAUGCAAAUAAUUGGAUUUUCCGUGAGGUUGUGCUCCUCAUUACUAUGGAUUCAGAUGUAUCGCCUGGGGCUCUCAUGGGUGGAUAGUGUUUCCCAUAGGGAAGCAGAUUCUGAUAUGCGAAACAGCUUCUUGAAUCCUCCAAUUCAUGAACCUUGUCGACAGUACUCCAUUUCGGAAGACAUCUUGGGGGGCUCUAUCUAUAAUCCCGCUUACUACUCAUCUCUCUUUGAAGAUGGCCAAGACAAAAAAUAUUCAAACGAGGUAGUUCUUCCAACAAUCGAAUGUUGAGAUAAAAGUUUUUUGCCUACUUUUUGGCACAGCAAUCCAAUGAAUAAGUUGCUAGUUUUCUCUGCAUCAAUGUAAUUUCAUUGUACACCCCGUAGGCUGUAGUCCUUUUAAAAACAAAGUGCCUUAUUUCGUUAAAAAAAGAAUCGUGAGCAGUCAAAUCCUCUUUAUUUCAUUGACAUUAGGACUUUUCCGUUGAAUCCGAUCAUCUUGAUUCCUCAGAAUCUUUCAUUAACUGAACGAUGCAUAGGCACCAACAAAGAUAUAGUGGUGAGAGAUUCUGUUGGUGCAUCAGCUAUUCUUGUUUAAUCCAAUUGAUAAGCAGCUUUAUACUUUCGAAUAUAAUCAACCUGUCUUUCUGUUUGUCUUUUUGUAUAAAACCCGUAUUAAUAAUGAUGCAUUUGUUCAUGAAAUUAUUGUGUUUUAAAAUAUUAACACCAAUGAUUACCCGGAAUGCUAAACCCAUGUCAUGAUGACAAUGAUAGCUGAGUUAGCUGGGCCGCUCACCAGUUUCUUCUCCCCCAAAAACUGACCUGCAAGCAGGGCUGAGAAAUUUGAUUGGUUCUUCAAGUAUUGGCCGUCAAUACACUGACGCUCCAAGUGGAUCAUUGCACCGUUCUGACAUUUAUAUUUAUCUCCGAGCCCUGACCCAGAAAAAUUGCAAGUGCUACGUUGUUUUUUUCUCCGUCCACAUGUCAAUGCCUUCUGCACCGCUCCUGACAUCACUGUCCUACAAUACCUGCUGAAUGUUUUUACGUCUAUAAACUAACUAGUAUCCUUUCUUGCGUGCAAAUGAGAUGUGAAUCAUAUUAUCUUUCCUCAGCUGUGGGGAACAGUUCCUUACAAGGCUCUUUCUUCUCAGGCUGACAGACAGAUAAUUCUUCACAACAGUGGAUCAUCUACUUCUGAAGCAGAACCGUCGCAGUGUAGAUCAAGCCUCAGCCAGCCCUUUCAGGUUGCCAAUGUAAGCAGACUCACCCGCAUUUCCCCAUUUCCUUUUUCUGGUACAUAACUCAGUUAACCCAGAAACCUUUUCAAGGACCACCAGUCAGUGGGUCCCCGCUUCUCUAACUUUGACAUCCUUCCAACAUUCAUGAACAACCAAAUGAUAUGCCUGUCUACCUGACAACAGAGUUCAAUUGAUUUCUUCCAUGUGGGUCUAUUCUAGCAAGCACCAUGAUGCGCUGGCCGAUAUUUGUGGGCUCUGUCAGAUGGGUGGUGUGAAUGAGCUGUGCAGGAACGAUGUUUCCUGGGUCAUUCAACUGAGCCAAUCGUCAAUGAGCAAAAAUAUUCUCAUUUAUGUACAAUAUCUUAGGCAGUCGGACCCUCUAAUUGGAACCUCCUACUGUGGUUGCAGGUUACUCCAGAGAUCCCUUCCCAGAGCCCUAGAUUUUGAGCAACUUCAAGCGGUCGUUCAACACCAGCACCAUGCCCGCCGCGUCCAAAUUUUCCUCACAAUUCUGGUUUCUUGCAGUGUACAGAUCGAUCUCCUCCUGUACAGCUUCUGGUCGGCCAAUUCUUUACCCCCCUUGGAAAUUUCUUGCGGUUUUCUGCUAGAGAGGGCAAGCAUACUGCAACGUUGACCAUUUUUUCCCUGGAUGCAAACUCCGAACGUUGUGGAUCCUUGCCUUCGUGCUGAAUAGUGUCCAUAAAAUUGCCAUUCAUAGUCCCUCUCUCUCUCUCUCUCUCUGAUCCAACCCGCCUGUGGAUUGGAAUCAUGCGAGUCUGCAAUUCAGCCGAGUGGAUCGUUCUGUGCUCGGAGAUCCCCAGAUGGUGUGUUCUUCCAUGAAAAAAGUCAACUUCCUAAGCACCUUAACAAUGAUGAUCCAAAUUUUGGCGCUAACCAAUGGUAG